CAGUCAGAGGUAUCUUCCCGAGGGUGAAUAUGCAUCGAUACGUGCGCAACGACUCCAGUCAACGCAAUAGUUAGCACUCGUUACUCGUUACGUAAAAAAAGCCAAAAAUUUAGGGCCUUUGCACAGUUCGCUACUACAAUCUGGGUCCUUGGGUCGGAACCGUGUUUUGCGUCACUUUGCUUCCUCGUUAGUUGAUUAAUUUCAUUUCGACGUUGCAGAUCGCAAAAUUAAAACACCUUUUUGCAAGAAGUUAAAAUUGUGCAAACUUUAUUUUCGGGACUUUUGGAACUUGAACGUGCGUUAGCGCGAUGGAGGAGACGACGGUUGCAACGAGCAGUUCGUCCGUGUUUCCGUGCUCAUGGAGCGAAGCCUCGGUGAGGUCCGACGACUGCAUCGAGGACACGCAACUGUGGGAGAAAGAAGUGUUCCUGGGUAUUCGUGUCUGGCAGUUUGCCGCCAUCGUUCUCUCCAUCCUGCUGACCAUCAUCGUCGGACUGUGCUGUUGCAUCCGCUUCCGCGUGCCCCGCACAAAGCAGGAGAUCGAGGCGGACUACAUUCGCAAGAAGAUUACUAGAAAGUUCCGACGCGAGCUUUCAAAAAUUAAUAAUAAGGAUAUGGACGAGAUGGAUCUGCAGAAAGCUCUGGAUAGAAUCCGGAACGAGUUCGACGGGGACCCCGCGAUAGCGAAGGAGUGUGCGGAAAUGGCACAGCGGAACGCUCAACGUGGCUUUCGAUCCAGGUUCAACGCCGUGUUUGGCGGAACCCGGGUGCGUUUCAGCUCACGCGAACAAGCGGAAUUCAGUGCCAUGAUCUAACGAUCUCUCGCGAGUUAUAAUAAUGUAUGCGUCAUGUUCUUGCAUUCUUGUUGCACAUAUAACUUUAAGAUUUAACUUUAAGAUCGAGGGAAAAAAGAAACGGAGAGGUGAAGAAAUAAAGCAAUGAAGAAACGGAAUAAUAAAUUAAUGAAACGUAUCCUUCAAUUUAAUUUUAGUUCAACUUCAAUGUAAAGAAAGAGCUGAAAAAGGGUGCAAAAUUAAGAAUUUUAGAAAGAGGUUGAUGUCAAUUUAAGCGACAAGUGAUGGGCAAUAAAUCAUGUAUGACACCUG